AUGACUUGCCAUGCCAUCAUCAAUGCAGUUGUCACUUCCGUCGCCAUGAAAAGUGGACAAAUGUCGUGGCUCAAAAACCGCGGGACAUUUACCUUUGUUGACACUGAGGGCCACACCAUACCCAAGCCACUUGAAACUCUUGGUUUUGUUGCUCCUGUGAACACCCUUCAGGCCGACCACAUUUAUUCAAUCUCUGGCCCUUUUGGUCAGGACAGUGUCACUGGCCGAGUUUCCAUUAAACACACUGCCCUCAAUCACAUCGACGUUACUGACUCAAAUAUUUCCAAUGUCGCACUUGCCGGUCGAGCAACUCUCACUGGGGUUGCCAAAGUGGUAUCUUUCUACCUCAAAGACGGUCCACCUAAUGGGCCUGAUUAG